GCCCCCUUCUGCGUCCCGCGCGCCCGGCCCUGCUCGCGCCCGCGCACUGCGCCGCAGUCUCGGCGGCGGCUGCGGGACGCGCGGUGUGCCGAGGGGACCUCGCAAGUUUGCAGCAUGAUCCCACUGCUUCUGUCCCUGCUGGCAGCCCUGGUACUGACCCAGGCCCCUGCAGCCCUAGCUGAGGAUCUGAAAGAGGACAGCUCAGAGGACCGAGCCUUCCGCGUGCGCAUUGGCACCGCGCAGCUGCGGGGCGUGCUGGGCGGCGCCCUGACCAUCCCAUGCCACGUCCACCACCUGCGGCCGCUGACCAGCCGCCGGGCCGCGCCGGGCUUUCCCCGGGUCAAGUGGACCUUUCUGUCUGGGGACCGGGAGGCGGAGGUGCUGGUGGCGCGCGGUCUGCGGGUUAAGGUAAACGAAGCCUACAGGUUCAGAGUGGCGCUGCCCGCCUACCCCGCAUCGCUCACUGAUGUGUCUCUGGUGCUGAGCGAGCUGCGGCCCAAUGACUCCGGGGUCUAUCGCUGCGAGGUCCAGCACGGUAUCGACGACAGCAGUGACGCUGUGGAGGUCAAGGUCAAAGGGGUCGUCUUCCUCUACCGAGAGGGCUCUGCCCGUUAUGCCUUCUCCUUCGCGGGAGCCCAGGAAGCCUGUGCCCGCAUAGGUGCCCAGAUCGCCACCCCUGAGCAGCUCUAUGCUGCCUACCUCGGCGGCUAUGAGCAGUGUGAUGCCGGCUGGCUGUCCGACCAGACUGUGAGGUACCCCAUCCAGAACCCACGGGAGGCCUGCUAUGGAGACAUGGACGGCUACCCUGGAGUCCGGAACUACGGAGUGGUGGGUCCUGAGGACCUCUACGAUGUCUACUGUUAUGCUGAAGACCUAAAUGGAGAACUGUUUCUGGGCGCCCCUCCCGGCAAGCUGACAUGGGAGGAGGCUCGGGACUACUGUCUGGAACGGGGCGCACAGAUUGCCAGCACAGGCCAGCUGUAUGCAGCCUGGAAUGGUGGCCUGGACCGAUGCAGCCCCGGCUGGCUGGCUGAUGGCAGCGUGCGCUACCCCAUCGUCACUCCCAGCCAACGCUGUGGUGGGGGUCUGCCGGGAGUCAAGACCCUCUUCCUCUUCCCCAACCAGACCGGCUUCCCCAGCAAGCAGAACCGCUUCAAUGUCUACUGCUUCCGAGACUCUGCCCAGCCCUCUGCCUUCUCUGAGGCCUCCAGCCCAGCCUCUGAUGGACUAGAGGCCAUUGUCACAGUGACAGAGAAACUGGAGGAACUGCAGUUACCUCGGGAAGCUAUGGAGAGCGAGUCUCGUGGGGCCAUCUACUCCAUUCCCAUCAUGGAGGAUGGGGGAGGAGGCAGCUCCUCCCCAGAAGACCCAUCAGAGGCCCCUAGGAUUCUUCUAGAAUCGGAAACCCAAUCCAGUGCACCACCUACCGCGUCCUCAGAAGAGGAAGCCGCAGCCCUGGAGGAAGAAGAAAGACACAAAGACACCGAGGCUCUGGAGAAAGAGAAGGAGCAGGAGGACCUGUGGGUGUGGCCCAGGGAGCUCAGCAGCCCUCUCCCCACUGGCUUGGAAACAGAGCAGUCACUCUCCCAGGUGUCCCCACCAGCCGGGGACGUUCUGCAGCUGGGUGCAUCACCUUCUCCCAGGCCUCCCAGGGUCCAUGGACCACCUGCAGAGACUUUACUCCCCCCAAGAGAGGGAAGUCUCACAUCCACUCCAGAUGGGGCAAGAGAAGUAGUGGGGGAAACUGGGAGCCCCGAGCUCUCCGGGGUCCCUCGAGAGAGUGAGGAGGCAGGGAGCUCCAGCUCGGAGGAUGGCCCUUCCCUGCUUCCAGCCACGUGGGCCCCUGAGGGUGCCAGGGAGCUGGAGACCCCCUCAGGAGAGAAGUCUGGAAGAACUGUUUUGGCAGGGACCUCAGUGCAGGCCCAGCCAGUACUGCCCACCGACAGUGCCAGCCGAGGUGGAGUGGCUGUGGCUCCCUCAUCAGGUGACUGUAUCCCCAGCCCCUGCCACAAUGGUGGGACAUGCUUGGAGGAGAAGGAGGGUUUCCGCUGCCUAUGUUUGCCAGGCUAUGGGGGGGACCUGUGCGAUGUUGGCCUCCACUUCUGCAGCCCUGGCUGGGAAGCCUUCCAGGGUGCCUGCUACAAGCACUUUUCCACACGGAGGAGCUGGGAGGAGGCAGAAAGUCAGUGCCGAGCACUAGGUGCGCAUCUGACCAGCAUCUGCACCCCAGAGGAGCAGGACUUCGUCAACGAUCGCUACCGGGAGUACCAGUGGAUUGGGCUCAAUGACCGGACCAUCGAGGGUGACUUCUUGUGGUCCGAUGGUGCCCCUCUGCUCUAUGAAAACUGGAACCCUGGGCAGCCUGACAGCUACUUCCUGUCUGGGGAGAACUGUGUGGUCAUGGUGUGGCAUGACCAGGGACAGUGGAGUGACGUGCCUUGCAACUACCACCUAUCCUACACCUGCAAGACGGGGCUUGUGUCCUGUGGGCCUCCACCACAGCUGCCCCUGGCUCAAAUAUUUGGUCGUCCUCUGCUGCGCUAUGCGGUGGACACCGUACUACGAUACCGGUGCCGAGAGGGGCUGGCCCAGCGCAACCUGCCUUUGAUCCGCUGCCAGGAGAACGGACUCUGGGAGGCCCCUCAGAUUUCCUGUGUGCCCCGAAGGCCUGCCCGUGCUCUGCGCUCAGCGGACACCCCAGAAGGACCACAAGGACGUCUCCCAAGGCACAGGAAGUCACUGUUGUCACCUCCAUCCAGUCUUUAGGGAGCUGGCCUGGAAUAUUGCUGCCCCCAGCACUGCCCUAUCUCUUCAGCUGCCUGUGCACUUCCUAUAACAGGGAGUGGCAUGAGAGGGGUGGGGCUGGAGUGCCAGAAGGGGUUUCUGGGAAACACUUGGAUGGCUCCACCCAGCCUAGGCCCUCUCUCUUACACCUGGCCCUCAGGUUUUACCCUCAGGACAAUGGGUAAGUCCCUAAGUGCCUCAACUUCUCUCUUAUGUCAGCUGCCUCCUUGUCCCUCAGUUUCUCUAGGGGACACUGUGCUACUCAUUCUUAAUUUUCAAAGGGUUUGCAGGGUGGAGUGCCAGCAAAACCAUAUGGAAAUAAAGUUGUUUGAACCCAAACAA